UGAUGCACCAGAAUCCAGCAUUGUUGAAAAAAACAUUGACGAAAUUGCAAUCGCUUCACGUCAAAAUUUUGCAGUUUCUUGAGAAUUGUAGACAUGGAGCCUGAGGGGAAACAAGACUCAGAUGACGUAGAUAUCUCUGUGAUACGAGGCCCAAUAGAACUAGGGCUGUCCAAUCUUGAACAGGUCGUGCGUUGCGUCAACCAUGGCACCAAUGAAGUGAAGCAAUUUCUCUAUAGAGAGUCUAAUGUCAUACUAGAGUGCAAUGUCUGUAAGAGUUUGUUCCGCGCUUUACCAAACUUUAUAGCUCACAAACGUUGCUACUGCAAAGAGUCUUACUGUGAUCGCAAGGUGAGGUUUGUGGAGAAAACUGACGCCAGCGAAACAGUGGUAGUUCUCCCAGAAUCCCCCAUUGAGAAGGCAGAUGAUUCAGAGAGUGACAAAUUUGUCAAGCCAAAGGCAACAGAAAAUACAAGGCAUAAUAUUGUAGAACAGAUGCAGGAAGGAAAGUUUGAUGGUAAAUCUGAAGACUAUAAAUUCUAUAGUAAGGCGGUGGAGGAGGUGAAUCGUAGUAAGGGGAACGCCUACACUUCCCUUGUUAAAUUGACACCCAUCAAGUGCAACCCUAAUGCUGUCAAACAAAAGGUAAAGGUAAAAAGCAAGACAGAUGCAGAUUUAUCUGAGGAUGAUACCAAGUGUGAGAACAGUAUGGAUACUGAUGGACUAGGUGACAAUGUCUCUGAUGUAGAUGAAGAGGACAUAGUGACAGUAGAACCUACAGCGCCACCAGGCCCUCCAACAAGAAUGAGCUUACGAGAACGACAGAGCUCUUCAUUCUCCCCUCUUGUCAGUAAACUAUCUCGUCGUGACGAUUGUGACAUCACAAUGUUGACUUGUCUGAAAUGUAACACGCAGUACUCUAGUAUCAAAACUUUACAUUUUCAUAUGAACUCGUUACAUUCAGAACAGAAAAAAUUCUACCCAUGUUUAUAUUGCUCGAGCACCUUCUCUCAAAUCUGGGGAGUCACCAGGCAUCUUCAACGUCGUCAUGGCAAGUCCAAACAGGAAGUGGAGAAGUUACGGGAUAAACUCCGGAGAAAAUCGUUCACUCGGCCCAUAGAGGAGGUUGGAGAGGGAAUAACACAUACAAAGAGUAUUGAACAUAAAGUGAAAGUGAAAUGUGAACCUGGUGAAGAUGACAGUGACACAAAUCUAAGCAAUAACAUCAAAAUUGAAAUCAAAUCUAAAAGUGGACGCAAGGCGACAGCAAUACGAUUCAACUCAUUCCAUCUGUUUAAAUGUGACUGCUGUGGGAAAGGUUUUGCUAAAAAGUCUGUAUUUGAUAAACAUAAGGAGGUAUGUACAUGGGACUCUGCCACUGCCACAUCCCCUCCUGUCACUCCUACAUCUGACUGCCCUUCAAGUCCCCCAGCCUCAAGUCCUGGCCCUUCCCCACAUUCUGAUACGAUGGAUAUGUCAGACUCUCUAGUUGCCUCCAGACCAAAGCGUGUCAUCAAACUGAAGCGAUCUUUCGAUGAUGAUGAACCUUUGGUCCGGAAACAGAUGUUGGAUAAAUCUGACAUAAAACAGGAGCCUGCUGAGGGACAGUCUGAAGGGGGAGUAAAGGAAGAAGAUGGAAGAGCCCCAAGUAAACGUGCCAGAAAAACUAAUGAAGCAUCAUCAUCUAAAUACUCACCAAGUGAACUUAAAUAUGUUGAUGCCAUGAUAGAUUAUAACACAUGGACAUGUAAGAAAUGUGAGAAACAAUAUGGCAGUGUGUCGAGUCUUAGACGUCAUGCAAUACGCCACAUGGGCUGGAGACGGUUUAAGUGUAAACUCUGUAAGUUUACAUCAUUUAACAGAUCUGAAUGUAAAAGUCAUUUAAGAAGGAUCCAUGCAGCUAAGAUACGUGGUGUCAUUGACUUAACCAAGAUGAUCACGGAUUUAGAGCAAGAACAGACAGUAAUUGAGGAGGGUAGCAAUUCAAGCAACCAUAAAGAAGAAGAGCCUGAAGUGAAGGAACUGCCCAAACCAAGGAAACCAAUUUAUCUGCUAUCUUUAGAUGAUAAGAAACCAGAUGGUGAAACAGUUACAAGUCCUUCUUCAUCUGGUGAACAAAGUAAUGCAAAAUUUAAUAUUUCAACCCGGAAAACUCCUCGAAAAUUUGACAUCACUCCAUAUGAAAAAGAUGAAAGUCCAGAAAAAGAUCUAAAAGAAGAUAAAAAUACGUCCCUAGUUACUCGGUCUGGAUAUUAUCCCAAAAAAGUUUUCUUGACACGAUCAAAAGAAGAUGAAAAGCGUGAACAGGAUAAGAAGAAAGAAUCCAGCUUCAAUAGUGAAGAAUACAUUAAGAGUGAGGCAAGGGAGGAAAUAAGGAAAGUAUCCCCCCAGAAAACACCACGUAAAGAUCCUUCCCCAAUAAAACAUCUUGGUGAUUCAGAGACAAGAACAGAUCAUUUAAAUGUACAAGAUACUUUGAAUAUGCCCUUACAUUCCACGCCAACCCCUAAAGGAAGGCUCAUUCCCUCAACUUCAAGCCAGCAGCCCCCAGUCUUAAUCCUAGAUAAACCUCAUUCUGUAACAUUAAAGGGGCAACUCCAUGCUAAACCCAAACCCCGCCAGAAACCUAUAAUUCUCUCACAAGCACAUUCCCAGCUGACAAAUGAGCCUAGAAGACAAGAUGUUGAGUGUAAGAAUCUGGCUGAAGAGUCUAAGAGACAAACAGAAGACCCUAGAAGACAAGCAGAAGUUACUCAGAAUGAGCAGAUAGCUGAAGGCAGUAUCUAUGCCUUUGAGCGAGACAACUGUUCGUGGGAGAUGUACCAAUUGACAAAUGAUGUAGCAGCUCAUACUGAGGAGACUGUUGUCACGGAAACUGUAAACAUAGAAACAGAUGAAUUGCUUAAGAUCAUAAACCAGGCUGAACCAGAUCCAAUGAGAUUUAUAAAUAGAGGGCUUGAGGACAGUUAUGAGUAA